AUGAUGCGACUGCAUUUAUGCGCCACUCUGCCUAUCCUGCUCUGCCUUGCAGCUACCGCGGAUCCGGAGAGCUACAGCGGAAGUGGAUCAGCUCGCGACAAUGCUGGUCACGACGCAGGGGUAGUGUAUCUACCGGCGGAGAGUAUCCAGCACGAGCUAUUGAACACGACCGGGCUCGUACCCGACUCCCUGGUCUCGGUGACCGCUAGCAACGAGGCGUUGAAGGACGAAUCCCCUGGUCUGGCUGGCGUGACGGCUCCUAACACGACUGUGUAUUCGUCCGUGCUGAUCGUCCCAGCGAAAGCUUCGACGGCGACGACUACCGCAGUCUCGGGCACGCAUGAAGCAGCAUCCGCCGAUGCGUCGUCUGGACACACACAGCUCACGUACAACUGCACGUCUGCAGCGAACCUUUGGAACCUGCAGGAGGACCCGAGUGUCGUGAAAUUGGAGAGCUUUCAGCAGUUCUCAAGCAACCCAAGCGCCAGCAACUCGACAGAGAAUACCCGCGAGAUCGUGGCCGUCGCCUCGAUCGAAGUCUCCAACUGCGCCACCGUUCAGAAUACGGCUGUCGGUCGACCAGUGCUGGGGGACGCUUUCUUCGGCGCGGAGUUCAGCAGCGACCCCGCCUACUUCUCCACAUCGACUGACUUGGAUAGCCUCAUGCACUCCAACGUGUCCGCAACAACUGGGGAAGGUAACAAGACCCGCCGCCUCGAGUUGGGCGCUUUCGGCUUCGUGGAAGACCCAUACUGCGUGUACGGGUGCGGAGAAGUAGGCGCAGCUCCGGCACCGACAAUGGCGACCGUGCCCUUCGCCGACAGUGGCGCUCAGGCGAAGCCGACGGUGGCUUCCGUGUCCUGCGCCGACAGCGGCGUCCAGACCAUUCCCUGCACCGACAGCGGCGUCCCGGAACAUGCCGACCGUGGCAGGCAUGACCGGCUCGUCGAUAAUUCCUUAUACGCCGACAUUGGCACGUACGGCAUCAGCGACUUCUCUACAUCGUCUGAGAUCAAGCUGAGCGGCAACUCGUACCUGCGGGUCAAGGGUUUUGCUCCAAAUGGCUGCAACAUCGAAGACGUGCACAAUACCAUCGACGAAACUGCGACCAUACCCUUGUAUGCUGGGAUUGCUGUGGAAGUCGAAGUGCAGCUCGAUAUCCUGUGGAGACUCUCGCGCCAACCUCACGGCACCAGCGUGGAAUUCGGCGCCAGCACAGAGAUUGAAGGCGUCACUGCGGGAUAUCUCAACUCCGGUACACCCGUCAGCGAUUUAGAGCAGAGUGGCAUCGACAUCGAGCUGGAAGUGGCUGCAAUUCCUACCGUCAGGGCGUCGCUGUCUUUAUUGGGCGGCAUCGAAAAUCGGCGUCAAGACCAGCUACGCCAUCUCCGCUGA